AUGACGAGCAACAAUCCACCAUUUCGAAUUACCCCGGCGCAUAACACAGAACAUUUCGAAGCAGCCAAAGCACUUUUCACGUCGUACGCCGAGUGGCUAGGUCUCGACCUUACCUUCCAAGGAUUCUCCUCCGAGCUGCAGUCACUUCCUGGGCAAUAUGCGGCACCCCAUGGCGAAUUAUUACUAGCUUAUAGUACAGAAGGUGGUAUCCCUAUUGGAUGCGUGGCUGUCCGGCCUCUCAAGCAGAGGCCGGUAGAAAUGCAAGGAGACGUUCAAAACGAUAGAGGAUACUGUGAGAUGAAGAGGUUGUAUGUCUCUCCCGAAGCACGGGGAAUAGGACUGGGGAAAGCCUUGGUGAAUUCCAUCGUUGAGAGGGCGAAGGGUCUCGGAUAUAAAAUGAUGAUACUCGACACCCUUCCCUCGAUGAUGGGUGCCAUACAGCUAUAUAAGAGGGUGGGAUUCGUGCAAAUAGCUCCUUAUUAUGAGACUCCCUUGGAGGGGACGAUCUUUCUUGGGUUGGAUCUUACGCCGAAUUCUUAG